CCGAGGGUCCACCGUAAAAGCUGUAAAGGUUAUUGUACUACAAUACGCGCACUGUCGAAAGAAAACCUAAAAUUCCAAUUUCCAGACAUCAGAAUCCCAAUCUUCUCUCUUUGCUCGCACAAACUCGCUGUCUGUCUCUAUCUGACACCCUAACGGUUCACCGGCGAUCGAUCUCUGCUUGUGAGAUGUAAUGGCGGAGCUGCAAAUGCGCUUCUUCUUGUUCUUCAUCUUCUGAACAUCACUCCUCCAUUGAUUUUCUCCCAGCUCGGAGUUUUAGACUGUACUAAUUGACAUGGUUGGUUCGUUGGACUUUGAUGGAGUCUCCACGGAUUUGCUUAACAUUUUUGAUUUCCCCCUGGAAGAUGUGGAAGUCGGUGCUGAAAAAGAUGACUGGAACGACAUACAAUUGCUUGAUCUUCCAUCUGAUAUUUCAAUGGGGCUUUCAUCUGUGUUUUGUAGUGGCUUACAGAAAGAUAGUUCAAAAGAAAUUAAAAAUAUCUCCUUUUCGUAUGACAGAACUUGUCGACUAAACCGAUCGCCAAGUGCUGCUGAAACGACUUCUAGUGGAGGGAUUGUCCUAAGCGAUGACUCUUCUUCUGAUAUCAAACAUAUCCACCUAUUCAAGACCUCCAGUCCAGUGUCCAUCCUUGAAAGCAAUAGCUCCUGCUUUGCUGAAAAUCCGAGAACUGCUGACCAAAAGUCCUCCGUCGUUCCAGUGAAGCGUCCACGAAGCAAGAAGCGUUCUCGCCCCUCAAACUUCGAUCGGCUGUACACUUUACCUUUCAUUGCAGCUUUGGAAAGGUUACGUCCUUCAGCAGCUUCUGAAUCAGAUUUAGGAGCUCCUCAGGUUGGCAAGAUGUUCAAAACCGCCAAAAAAGCUAUGAAGAAAAAAAGAGCUACGCCACACCCCAUAGGUAUAGAGGUUAGAAACGUCUCCUCGCAGCAAUCGGGCGAGAUCAAAAAAUGCACGCACUGUCAGAUGACAACUACCCCACAAUGGAGGGAAGGGCCAAUGGGCCCGAAGACCCUCUGCAAUGCGUGCGGGGUUCGCUUUAGGUCUGGACGCCUCUUUCCAGAGUACCGUCCUGCAGCAAGUCCGACUUUUGUUCCAUCGCUUCACUCCAACUCUCAUAAGAAGGUUAUAGAGAUGAGAAACAAGGCUAGCCAGAGGGCCAACACCAGUAGAGCUGGUGUGGAACUUUAUUUGCGUCCCCAGGCAGGAAAUUCAGUUAGACAGUUAAUUGUUUGAUUAUUAUAUAUUUGAUAGAACAGUCUUCUUGUUUAAGAGGUUCCUUGUCUGUUCUUGUUUCUUUUUUAUAAAUGAGGUUUAUCGAUCUUUAUGUAGUACAUUAAUGGUAGCUAGGAGAUUGCCUUAAUUUCACCACUCUUA